GGUUGAUAAAGUAUGGAACAGGACGCGGCAAUAACGACAACCACUUCCGACAGCAAAGUAGACGAUAGUGCUAAAGAAAAUGGGCCGGUUUAUUUUGAAAAUAGUAAACUUGCUAUGGAAAGAGAAGAGAGUCAUUUAUCUAAUGACAAGAACGACUCCUCCACAGCAAACGGUUUAGAAAGUGAACCCAAAAAUGUAAAGGACAAGUUCGAAUGGGCUGAAGGGAAGACUGGUGGAGUAUAUAUUCCACCGUUUAAGUUGGAGCGAAUGAAAGAAGAAAGAUGGGCGGCAGCAGGUGGUAAGCUAUCUGGUGAUUAUGAAGGACAACGAAUUGCUUGGGAACUGUUGAAAAAGAAGAUAAACGGUUGUGUUAACAAGAUAAACACGACCAAUAUAAGUCAAGUUAUUCCCGAGUUUUUUAGGUUGAACUUGAUAAGAGGUCGAGGUCUUCUUUCUCGAGCAAUAUUGAAGGCGCAAUUGACGUCGCCAGAAUUUACCAACGUCUAUGCGGCACUUAUUGCCGUUUUAAAUACCAAGAUACCAGAGAUUGGAGAAAUGAUUCUCAGUAGAGUUAUUUUACAGUUUAGAAAGGCAUUCAAAAGAAACGACAAGAGACUUUGUAUCUCUACGACCAAGUUUAUCGCCCAUCUUGUGAAUCAACUUGUUUGCCAUGAACUAUUAGCACUGCAACUUUUGACCCUGUUGUUAGAACAACCUACCGAUGACUCCGUUGAAGUAGCUGUGGCUUUUGUAAAGGAAUGCGGUAAUAUAUUAUCCGAACUUUCACCCCAAGGACUUUAUGCAGUAUUCGAAAGAUUGAGAGGAAUCCUCCACGAAGGUGACAUAGACAAGAGGGUCCAAUAUAUGAUAGAAGCUCUUUUCGCUAUUCGUAGGGAUGGGUUUUCAAAGUAUCCUCCUUAUCCACCAGAGCUAGAUUUGAUUGAAGAAGAAGACCGAAUUACUCAUGAGAUUUGUUUAGAUGAUGAGUUGGAAUUGGAUACGAGUGAUGAUGUAUUUCAUUUUGAUCCAGAAUAUGAUGAAAAUGAGAUGCGUUAUGCCGAGAUACGGGAAGAGAUUUUAGGCAAAGAAGAGGAAGACAACGAAGAAGAAGAAGAAGAAGAAGAAGAUAAUGAUGAUGCAAUUGUGAAUACGGAAGAGAAUGAUACAAAAGCAGAUGAAGCAACCACUGUCAUUCAUCAAGGAACAGAUAUGGAGCUUAUUCAGUUUCGUCGAAGUGUCUAUCUGACCAUUAUGUCUUCACUCUCCUUUGAAGAAGGGGCACAUAAAUUAGUAAAGUUGAUGAACGAAGGAAACAAUCAACAAAGACAGUAUGAACUAUGUUCGAUGAUCAUAGAGUGUUGUAGUCAAGAAAGGACUUACCUUCGUUUCUAUGGACUUCUUGCUCGGCGUUUCUGUUCCUUAUCUCAGGUUUAUUCGGAUAAGUUUGAUGAACUAUUUGGUGAAUAUUAUGCAACAAUUCAUCGCUUGGAGACGAGUAAACUAAGAAAUGUUGCUAAAUUUUUUGCUGCUUUGUUUGAGACGGAUUCCAUUUCAUGGAGUGCUAUGGAAUAUAUUCGUCUGGUAGAAGAAGAGACUACUUCCUCAAGUAGAAUAUUUGUGAAGAUUCUAUUCCAAGAACUGGCAGAAAAUAUGACCGUGGAGCGUCUUCGAGAGAGAUUGAAAGACCCCUAUCUACAAACUCAUUUUCAAGGACUAUUUCCUUUGGACAAUCCUCGUAAUACACGCUUUGCAAUCAAUUAUUUCACAAGUAUUGGUUUAGGUAUUUUAACUGAGGAAAUGAGAGAGCACUUAAAGAAUUUGCCCAAGAAUGAGACUCAGAAUCAUGUAGCAUUGCAAGAUGUUGUUGCUACGGAGGAACAAGAUAAGAGUGAUUCGAUGAUAUCUAUGGAUGAAGAGUCCCAUCAUUCAAAUAUCUCUUCCUCCUCAAGUUCACCACGUCCAAGAAGAAGGAGUCGAAGGUUUUCAGAUUCCUCUUCUUCUGGUGAAGAGGAUGAGGAUGAUGAGAGAGACUCUGUUGCUUCAGAAGACAGUGAUGGUCGUCAUUCUCCGAAGCAUCGAUAUGAAAGAACGAAAAGUGAGCGAAAAAGUAGCCGUUCAAGACAUCAUUCUUCUAAAAGUGACAAACGCGAGAAGCCAAGGAAAAGGUCUCCACUUUCCGAUUCUUCCUAUCGUCAACAUCGUCGACAUUAUUCCAAGAAAAGUCGUCAUCAUCGUUAAUUUUCAUAUUGUAUUUGGUUUAUAUAGAAAGAUUUUAUUACAAUAUAAAACUUUACUCGCUUAAUUUGUAAGUCCAUAUUGUCAUCCUACUCAUUGUCCAAGCAUGGAACCAUGAUUGGGAUGGAUCACGGACUAUACAA